CCGUGUCGUUACAUCAAGACACGUCGAGGGAUCCGAGAUUCAAAGAAGACAAGUAUGAUGAAGGAAGAGGAUUUGGUGAAUGAUCAAGAUGACACUACAGAGAGCACACCGUCGCCAGACCUUGCUGGGCCCGGCAUUCCGUUCCCCCAGAUGAUAGCUUCCACACCUUGCAGUACCAUACAUCCAUUCGACCUCUACUACGCCAACUUUCACGUCACCCACUCUUGGCUACCCCCAAGAAAGAAACUGGACGAUCUCUGUAAAACGCAACCAGAAAACUUACGUUUCCUGGUUGCCACAGUUACCUACAUUGGUUCUCUAUACUUGGACGAGGUCGACAAGACACAGCUACAACAGAAUGCCUACCAAAUGUCGCAUGACACCCUUUCCCCAACAAUCUGGUCUGUUCAAGCACUGCUGUGUCUUUCUAUUACAGCAUUCGGGAGUCAGCAUGGCAACGUUGGCAAAAUCAUGUUCAACAAAGCCUGUGUGCUGGCUUCUUGUCUGGGACUCCAGAGCAAGGAGUUCGCGGAUAGGGAAACAGACCCAGUCCUCGCUGAAUCAUGUCGCCGGACAUAUUGGGGAUUGUAUACACAUGAGAUGUUGCUUUGUUUGCGACAGAAUCAGCUUUGCUCAACACUCUACCCUCCUGGGCCCAGUUUUGUGGUAGGGCUCCCAUGCGAGGACUGGGAUUACCAGGCCGGUAAAAUUCCAGUCCCAGUAACUCUUGAAGAGUACGAUCGUCUAGGCCCCUCUCGCGAGUACUCUUCUUGGGCCUACUUUGUUGAUCUUAUUCGUAUAUACGAUAGUCAUGUGGCACCGUUUCUUCAUGAUUGUAGUCAGGCAGCCCGGCAUAACCUCAAGUAUGCAAAUCAGCGUAUCGAUUCCUGGCGAUUCAGAAUCAACGACAGGAAAAAAUAUUGCGUUUGGGAAGAUGGCAUGUUUGAUAUGAUCCUAUACCAUGCGUUAGUGGUCUCUUUUGGACUCGAGAUCCGGAUGCAGGCUCAUCUCUACGGACACUGGGAUCAACACAUCGCGGCUUCAUUACUUCACAGGGUUGCUACAGAGCAUGACGCUCAGUCACCACUAGUUCUCCAAGCACCAUUGCGUCUGAUGGCUCUUCUUGGUUCUCAGCUUGUACCAGAGAAGUUCUCUCCUUCAUGCCUACUUGAUUUGGAACACGCAGCCUCACCUUUGUGUCAUGCUGUGCUCCACGGUGCAGGGCAGCCAGAUUACAGAUCUAGAGUUUUGUUUCUGGCAGAGUUCCUGAAAAAGUCUGGGGAAUUCUGGCCCAGGUCGAAGGCGUUAUCUGACGUUUUCAUGGAGGCACUGGGCCGAGGCGGCCAUGAGCAUGGGUAUAUGGAGCUUUCUCAGGCUAUGUCGGCGGUUGGUGAUACACCUGCGUCUACAACUGAGGGAGGGUCUCUCUGGCUCAGGUCGCCCACAGUAGAGCAUAUGGGUGGUUGGUCGGGGCUGCCAUCAUACUCGCUGCAAUGUGAGCCGGAGACGGGUGACGUGGCUUGGGGAGGAGAUCUAACUCAAGUUCCUGGCGGAGAUAUGACAGCCUCGGAUAUAACAGCUGGCGCAGGAAGUUCAGUUUCGAAUGUUUAUGUCGAAGCAGGGUGUUUAGGUGACAAGUCGGCGGGAGGCUCAGUUCCUGUGAAAGUAGAGGAGGGGUGACUACAAUGUGUCCUCGUCGUUGUAUGUCCAUAUCUAGAUAAGAGUUUGACCUAGUUUGGAGGAGGAAGUGGUAGUAGAUUUAACACAGAUUUCCGAGACUCAUUCAAACUUAAUGAUACAAAAGAGGCAUGAUCGAGAAA